GGUUGUUCUGCUUCGUUAUUCAUCAUCCUUAGCGAAUUCUCAGGCGUGAAGCACCGUGGAACUAUGGGAGUUAUAUUCUGGUUCUCUUUCAUAUUUGCCUUAUGUAUAAUACCGCUGUACGCACAUCUUAUUCGAGACUGGCGCAAGUUGACGAUCCUAACGAGUUGUCUUGGGUUUCCUGCAUUUAUUGUUUGGUGGUAAGUUUACAAGCUUAUCGCAGACUUGCUAUACGAGGGUUUAAAACAUUCUAAAACGAGUUGUUACAGGCUUUUGGCUGCAGCAGACGUGCAACAAGGCUGCAUCAAGAAACUGCAACAGACCACUAAUUCAUAUUAGUGGAAUCAUGCUGGUAUACUAGUGCAAAUGCUUUAAUUUGAUUGGCUACUCUACUCGCUAUCUACCGGGUGGCCCAAAAAAAAGUACUCCUGUUUGAUUCGUAAUAACAUCUAAACAACUAUAGCUUUUAAAGAGAAAUAACUUGCAUCAAAUAGAGGAAGGACUAACUUAGACUUUGAUAUGUUACAGUUGUAUUUCACUUAAAAAUUCACGGAGAUAUUAAUCUUUAAAUUCGGGAGGAUAUUUCUGGAUGUGUCUGAAAUAUGCAAAAAUCGGCGUAUCAAAUAUUAAUCAAGAUUUGCCCGACUGAAACAUGCACUAUUACCAGUAAAUAAAUGACACUUGACAAAUUGUUUAUUAUGAAACAAAGUAUUAUUAUAUCUACAAAAUACAAGCAAGAUUCAUUCGUCCGAAAUUCGCGUGUGUUCCUAGCACGAAUACGUUUCCUUAUUUCAUGAGACCACUGCAUCGCGAAGGAUCGUCAUUGGAUCGUUCGUAGUUCUGAAUUAGGGCAUGCUGUCACAACGGAAUUGUGAAGCUCUUCUAAAUUCUGCAACGUUCUGAAAUCUUGUUAAGAACACCCAAACUCUUUUGCCGUUUCUUAAUCUUGGCAAGUUCAUGGAGUAAACUGAGAAUUAUAUGAAACACAAUCAAACCAUACAACUCCAUAAGACAUAACAAUUAAGCAACUCCCCAGAGACAUGCAACAUUUUUGGAACAAAACGUAACAAAAUAGUAGCGUUGAUACGGUGAUGUGUAUUUGCAAAAAGCAAUAUUAUUUCCUUCAAUAAAGAAUAUUCAUCCUGCUCUAACCGAGAAAUAAUCUACUCAGUCUGUUUGAACCCAUUAAAAACAUAAAAAAAUUAGGCUAUUUAAGAAUACGAAAAAUUUAAGCGCCUGCCUUCCAUGGUCAGUCUUUCAUGUACAUUUAAGUUUGCAAAGACCUAAUAUUAAAUACUUGCAUAAUUUCGAACGUUCAUAUUUCAGGAAACAAUGAGCUAAGACUUACGUGUAAGAUGUCUAAAUCUACGCCAUAUCCCUUACAAACCUUAACGAUAAUUCGCUGAAAUACAAGUUAGCCUAAUAUGUCAUUAAGCAAACAAACGCUGGAGUUAAUAUUUGAUAUGCCGAUUUUCGCUAAUUUUAGACACAUUCCAAAAUAUGCUCCCCAUUUUUAACAUUAAUAUAUCCGUGAAUUUUUAAGUUAAAUACAACUGUAAUAUAUCAAAAUCUAAGUUAGUCCUUCCUCUAUUUAAUGCAAGUUAUUUCUCUUUAAAAACUUUACUUGUUUAGAAGUUAUUACGAAUCAAACAGGAGUACUUUUUUUUGGGCCACCCGGUAUUCCUCGAUAUAUAGCGAGUAGCAAAACAAUCAUUUUCCUGGCGCAUUUUUUAAAAAGAAUAGCAAUAUUUUAUGGAAUAUUGUGGAAUAUUUUAUGUUUGGUCUCUGAUUCUACUAAAAUAAUUAGAUUACUCGCUCUCGAGUUCUAUGAGAUGAACUAUCACCUCAUAUAUUCUUUUAUGCAAAUAUUAAUAAGCCUUCCCGGCCUCGUUCAGAUUCUAAAAUUUAUUCCUUCAUAACACUACAAGCGACAUCAGGUUGUGUUCGCAUAAAUACAUGUGCCCAACGUGUUGACAAGUUGUACACACCUAAAAACGCGCAAGUUGUUACAUAUCUGCCAUGCAAGUUGUAACAAUGUUGUUGUCAAGCCGAUAUCAGGAUGUGUUCGCAUUGCUUGUUCCCACUUGUUGUGACAAGUCUGGAACAAGUUGUUAUCAUCUUGUUAUUAUUAUUAUUGUUAUUGUCAUUGUCAUUGUUAUUGUUAUUAUGAUUAACUUUAUUUUGACACGGUAGAAUCAUCAGUAAAAAUUUACAUAAUAUAGAUGUAUAUAAAGUAUAGCAUAAGGAGGAAAAGGAAUACAAAAAAUUACAUGCUAUUUACAAAAAAAAAAACAGAACAGUACUGAUUUACAUGAUUGCCUUGUGUGAGUCUAAGCUAACCAACAUUCUAGACCUCGUUUAAAAGCACUAAGAGAUUGUGCCGAACGAAGUUUAGUUGGCAAACUAUUCCAUAAAACAGCUCCAUCGUAGCUGAGUGAGCGCUUCAGAUAACAAUCUGUAAGGUAUCUGGUAACAAUCUGUAAGGUAUCUGGUUUCUCAAUCUGUAAGGUAUCAGGCUCUUCGUAACCAGUUGUUACGAGCUUGUUGUCAUCAACUUGUUAAAAACUUGUUGUGUGCAAACGAUAUCAGACUUGUUGGAACAAUUUGUUGCGAGUCUGUUGGCUUCAACAACCUUGUCACAAGACAACCUUGUCACACAUAAUAACUUGUUCCAGACUUGUUAACAACUGGGAAAAGGCAGUGGGAAACAUCUUGUUGAGAAGCUGUGAGAGUUUUACUCGUGUAGCAGACGCGUGCGCAGCAGAUUUUUUCAAUGUUGAUAAUUUAAUAGGAAACAGUUGCUCCGAGAAAUGAAAGCGUAGAAGUACCUUCUUUUUAAUAUUCUUUAGGAUAUUUCCAGAAUCAGUGCGCUACUACUUGAUCACAGGGAAGCAGAAGAAAGCGCGGAAAGUCUUGGAAAGAGUUGCGCGAUACAACAGAAAACCCAUGAUUGAGGAUAAACUGGAGCAAGUUGCCGCAGAAGAAAAAUCUUCUUUGAAAGAUUUGUUUGCCACUCCAACUAUCAGGAAAUAUACAUUGUUGUCUUGCUUUAUUUGGUGAGUAAGCGAUGUUUCUCACUGAUUUACUAUCAGAUUUUUGUAUUGGUAAAUAACAGGAUUUUGAGCAGCUCACUUGAUAGAACUAAUUGUCGAAGGGCUUUUUUAUAGAUGGAAAUUUCGAAUGUAAAUUUUAUAAUCUAUUAGUAUAGGCCCUCUGGCAGGAAUCGAAUCUGCUGCUCUGCCAUUCCGGUGCAACGCUCUAACCAACUGAGCUACAAAAUGCAUGCACUAGUUGUCGAACUCUUACCGCAAGUUCAUGUAUAGCUCGACAACUGGACUCUAUAGCUCAGCUGGUGAGAGCGUUGCAGCGAAAUCGCAGGGCCGCAGGUUUGAUUCCCGGCAGAGGGCUCGUAGUUGCAUUUUUCGCAACUGCUCCUUGUUAGGUCUAACAAAUGUAUAAAAUUUACACUCGAAAUUUCCGUCUACAAAUAUCCCUUCAACAAUUAUCUUUGUAUUAUCUAUUUUAGAAGUUUUUCGUUGCAUCCAAUCUGUAUUGCUUUGUUUUAGUUUCAUUCUAACAUCUUUUCAUUUACUAUUUUAAUGAUUUAUCUUUCACCAGCUACUUUUAUAUGUGCACAUCUACACGUACUCUCAUUUUCUUUCAUUUCUAAUUUUUCCUUCCAUCUGCCUUCUCGUCCUUGCUAAAUUAUUGCCUAAUCCUUUCAUUAAUCAUUCUAUUCUUUCUAACGUUCGGUGUUCCCUUCCAUCUACAUUUCUUUACAUCCUUUCGUCCUUUUACGUUUCUUCAGUCUUCCAUCCUAUGUUUCCUAACGCUUUGCCUUUCGUCCGUUGCUCCCUUUUCUCGUGUGUUCUUCCAUCCUUCUUUCCUACCAGCUUUCAUUUUCGUUUGUUUUCUUUCAAUCCUUUUAUUUCUUUUGUACCGUCAUUCUUUCUUGCUCAUAUCUUUCUUCCAUCGUCUCAGGCAUCUCAUAUUCUUCCUUGUCAUCUCUUUUCUUUCCUCCCUACACUAUAUUCUUCUUUCCUUCCCUUUAUUCUUUCCUCAGAUUUUCUUAUAUUCUUCCUUGUUCUUCUCUUUCUACCUGAGUUGCCAAUUUCCAAAUAAUUUUUCAUCUCUCUUUCCUCCCUACACUAUAUUCUUCUUUUCUUCCCUUUAUUCUUUCCUCAGAUUUUCUUAUAUUCUUCCUUGUUCUUCUCUUUCUACCUGAGUUGCCAAUUUCCAAAUAAUUUUUCAUUUCUCUUCUUUCCUCCCAACACUAUACUAUAUUCUUCUUUUCUUCCUUAAGGCCCUUUAUUCUUUCCUCAGAUUUUCUUAUUUUCUCCACUAAUCAUACUUUAAAAUUGUAUUUCGGGAAUCUUUCUUUUUCUAAGAUUAUAUCGUCCUGUCAUUAUUCCCUAACUCAUAUUUACAAUUUUUAACAUUCUUUCUUUGGUACAUAAUCUCCCUUUUCAACAGGUGUGUUGAAUCAGUUGUGUACUAUGGUGUCUCAUUUUCGUCUGUCUUACUUGGUGGUAAUAUAUAUCUAAGUUUCUUUAUCAUUAACUCGAUGGAGUUCCCAGCAACUAUAUUGACAAUUUGGACUAUUGAUAGGUAAUGUUACUCACACCUUUUUGUUAUACGGAGAUUAUCUGCUUUGUGUGUGUUGUAUUUCCUGUUCUGUGUGAUAAUACAGCAAAAGUGUUUUAUUAGAAAGGCUAAGAUACGACGGUUCCAGUUUACUGCAUGCACAGGCGACAUACACGUACCCGUGAAUCGGGGUACGAUUUGCAACUUAAGAAGUGCAAAUUAUUCCGGGGUAAGGAAAGGGUAUUAGUUCGCUUAAGUUUUAGUCCAAUAUCAUUUCUCCAGAUUUGGCAGAAAAUGGACAACAUUGGGUGGAAUGAUCGUGGCUUGUGCCGCAUCGAUCCUCGGCGUCGUGUUCAGAAUGCAUCAGGAUUAUGUUUAUGACGGUAAGCUUCAUAUGAAGCCUGGAUCCACCCGUAGGGAUAGUCUAGAGUUAUAGAGUUAUGCUAUUGAUGUUUAGGUUUCCUCUUAGCCGUAAUAAGUGAACAAGAGAUGUGUUAAUUAUCCUUACUUGCAAGGUGAACCGGUUAAGCUGAAUUAGCUCAAUGUGCACUAAAAUGUGCGCUUCAACAAUUAGCUAUGUAAAUAAAGUUAGUUUAGUUUGUUAGUGUUUUUGGUCUUGAUGUAUCAAUGUGUUCUUACCAGGAUACUGGGUUAUGACAGUGAUUAUGGCAAUGCUUUCAAAGGGCUGCAUCAAUCUCUCUUUCAAUGGUGUUUGGGUCUGGUCGAAUGAGCUCUUCCCAACUGUUGUGCGGUAAGUUUAACUCGAAUUACUCGUUACUUUUUAGAUAGUAAAUAGUUUAAGUGAUUAUAAUUUCUUUCGUUUUGAAGCAACACUGGAAUGGGAACCACAAAUGGUCUGGCACGAAUUGGAUCAUUUAUGUCAGGAUACAUCAUUUGGUUGGUGAGUGUGAUUUUGACUGUUUCGAUACCUGUCUUUUAUUGGCGGGUACCAGUGGCACACUGA